AGUUAAGGUCAAGAGAUGUUCUGUGUCUGUCUCCCUCAGGUGAGAUCUGACAGGGAUAAGUUCACAGUCUACUUGGACGUCAAGCACUUCUCUCCCGAUGAGCUCAGUGUGAAAGUCGCUGACGACUAUGUGGAGAUCCAGGGCAAGCAUGGAGAAAGACAGGACGACCACGGUUACAUCUCCCGUGAGUUUCAUCGCCGUUACCGCCUCCCCUCUAGCGUUGACCAAUCAUCCAUCAACUGCACCUUGUCAGCUGACGGUCUGCUGACUCUGACCGGACCAAAGGUCAGCGGGGGGAGCGAGUCUGGCCGCAGCGAGCGCAGCAUCCCCGUGACUCGUGACGAUAAGCCCAACGCUGCCGCCUCCUCCUAGAGGCCAAGUGCUGGUGGGUGACCCGGGGCACUGAAGGAGCUCAGCCCCGUGAAUAACCAGCAUCAACUGGGAUGGACGACUCCGGAAUUCUUCUUUCCCCCUUUCCUUAGAGGACAUCUGUGUCUUCCCUGCUUCUCUUUCUAUAGUUACUUCUUAACUCAUUAGUAUCACUGUUUAAAGUAGAACAAAAAUCGGCCCGCCAAGGCAGUCGAGUAAGAGGCGCUGGAGUUUUUAAAGAGAGAAGUCAUCUGGAGACACUCACAUGGCCCAGCGUGUUUCAGAGCAGUCCUCUGACAGGCUUUGAGCUUGAAACAAACAUGUCUGGCAUGUUCUGUACCAGCCCUGGUUUCUCCCAUUCAUGUUCUUCCUCUGAAGCCUUUGUCUCACAUAUAUCCUGUACUGAAGUCUAAGCUUUGUUCAGUGGAUAUCUGCUCACUAUUCAAGUCCAUACUAAAGAAGCAAUAAAGCUGUACAAUUAACAAAAUGCAA